AAAACUGUGAUUUGUGAUCGAGGGGACCGCGAUCGGCAAUCGAUAGGACACACACCGCGGACAAUGCGAAAGCCCAAAGUGCGCGUCGUAACUGGCUAACCGACCCCGCGAAGAGCAAAGAUACAAAGUUUCGGUGUACGGUGUAGAGAGAGAGAGAGAGAGAGAGAGAGAGAGAGGAUGGAGCCGAGCGAUCCGACGGCAACGGAGGACCUGUCGGAGAGCGGCGAGAGCUCGAGCAGCUGUCACUCCGAGGCUGGACUGGCGAGCAGCUUCCAGCCCUACCGGAGAAGGGUCGAGGGGCCCGCGAGAGCCGAGGACGAGCCGACAGUCGCGCGCCCGAGGUUCGCCGACGGGCAGGACAUGCCCAUUGCCCUCGACAAACCCAAGGACUACGCCAUCAACCGCAACGACGUGUACAGCGAGUCCUCGAGCGCCGAGGAGCCGGCGAGCGUGUACCGGGCGAGCAAGGACCACCGGCCGAGCGAUGCUGGGCAGAAGGAGGCGAUGUACAGCUUUUGCCGGGAGAUCCGAGAGAUGCGGCAAAAGAGCCUGCACGCGGCCCUCGAGCGGACGAGCAGCGGAGGAGGUAGAGACCUGGAGAUCAUCAAGAGCAGCUUCGGGCUGCCGCUCGAGCGCGCCAAGGAUGGAUUCGGUUUCGCCUCGAGGAUGGCCCUCGACAGGCUGAGAGCCGCACCGAGUCACGGUCUCUCGCUUUCCUCUCCUCUAUAUGUUUGUAUGAACAAACCAACUCUCGUGUUUAACGUUGUCGAAUGUGUGUGGGUGUAUACAGGCGAGGCGUCGGCGUCGGAGGAGCACCGUCAGUUCAAGGCGAUGGCACAGCCGAUGGCCCUUGACCGGCUGAGGCAUGCCCACUCGUUGUUUCAGGCGUCAACGGCACCGGACUCCCGUUUUCCUCAACUGCACGUCCAACAGCCUGCCACGGCUGCCCAUCCGCCACCACCCGCGGUCCAACACCAUCACCUCGCCAUCACCCAGAUCACGCAGAUGCAGCAGCAGCAGGUCGGCUACGUGCACCAGCAGCAACAGCACCAUCAUCAUGACCACCAGCAGCAGCCAAAGUCGUUUACAAUAGACGCCAUACUCGGACUACGUGCUGUUGGCGCGCAGAGGGACAAGCACCACCAUCAGCGCUACCACCCGUACAAGAAGCAGCAGCAACAACAACAACAACAACAACAACCGGGUACCUCUGGUUGUUCGAACGGGAGCAGCGGCGUGGACGGGGGUGGCAGGGCCGGUGGUAAGCUCAAGCGGGUGCGCACUAUUUUCACGGCCGAGCAGCUGGAACGGCUCGAGGACGAAUUUACGCGGCAGCAGUACAUGAAUCUUGAAGCGGCUGGUAUGAAGUUCUUCAUAAGUUUCAAUGUCUUUGAAUAA